AAACAAUUCCUUAAAAUUUAUGAAAUAGACGAAAACAAGAUGGCAGCCUCCAUGGCCUAAUUGUUUUCUGUUUAACUGCAGUUUUUAUAAGAAAUUACUGUGCGAAAAUGAGUAAUAUUUAUAUUCAAGAACCACCAACAAGUGGAAAAGUUCUCCUAGGGACAACAUGUGGUGACAUAGACAUUGAAUUGUGGUCCAAGGAGGCGCCAAAAGCAUGCAGGAAUUUUGUGCAGUUGUGUAUGGAGGGUUAUUAUGACAACACAAUAUUCCAUCGAGUGGUACGGGAGUUCAUCGUUCAAGGUGGUGAUCCAACCGGAACUGGGCUUGGAGGAGAAAGUGUUUAUGAUAGACCCUUUAAGGAUGAAUUCCACCAGCGGUUGCGAUUUGUACGAAGAGGGCUGGUUGCCAUGGCAAAUGCUGGCCCAAAUGACAAUGGAAGCCAGUUUUUCUUCACCAUGGGUCAGACCCCUGAGUUACAGAACAAGCAUACAAUAUUUGGAAAAGUGUCAGGCAACACAGUGUUCAACAUGCUGAAGCUGCAAGACUGUGAAACUGAUGCUGAAGAUCGGCCUCUAUAUCCAAAUAGAAUCCUUCGUACAGAGAUUUUAUCCAACCCAUAUGACGACAUAAUUCCUCGUGUGUCAAGAAAAUCAAAGAAGGAGGGAGAUGGGGAAUCGAAACCCAAAAGUAAAUCCAGAGCCACAAAGAACUUCAAACUGUUGUCAUUUGGAGAGGAGGCUGAAGAAGACGAAGAACAGGUCAUCAAGGUCACAGAGGGGUGGCGAGGCAAGAGCAAGAGCAGCCAUGACCUUAUUAAUGACCCCAAGCUGAGUGCGAUACCCGCUGUGGAUGUGAGCCCAGGCAGAUCAGAGAAAAGAACGAACCAAUCAUCUGAUGAGGAGAAUUCGGAAGAGGAACGAAUGAAGGAUGAACGGAGGGAAAAUGUCAAGAAAAAACUGAAAAAAGAACCUGUUAGCCAAAUAAUGCCAGAUAAACCACCAGAUGUUGUGGAAUCUAAACCUACUAGUCGCAGUGAAGAGCUAAAGCAAGAGGCAAAACAAUUGAAGAAAGAAAUACGAGAGGCCAAAAGGAGAAGUGAACAACAGAAAACAGCCUCUGUUGCAGAAAAUGUGGGGAAAGAUGAUGAGGUUCCUGCUGCAGAUGACCCGUUGGCAGAUUUCAAACGUGAAAGACAGAAGUACAAGGCGUUGCGCAAUCAGCAGGGCAAGAAGGGGUCAUCACGCGAGGAACUGACCCUAAACAUGCUGAACAAGUUCAAGAGUACCCUGGCCUCAACAAAGUCUCUCGUCAGUGAUAGUGUAGACAAGGAGAGGGAGGAAUUUAAUGAUGAGGAAGAAGAUUUGUCGGACACGUCAUGGUUAAAUCACAAACUGCAGUUUGAGGACCAGGGUGGCCGUAAAGUGAUCGAUGCCAACGUGGCAGACCUUGACCGAUACGAGAUCCACGAUCCACGGAAUCCACUCACGAAACGACGAAGGGACGAUAGCAAACAAAAGAUGAAAGGGAAACGCUGAAGUCUGCGCUAUCUGAUCUUCUGUGCAAUUACUGGAAAUUUAUGCUUGAUUGAAGUUGGAAUUUAAAAUUAAAUUGAAUACAAUUCCUCAGAAAGUGAUGUUGACAAUUGUGAAAAUUACUUACAUUUAAAUUGUGAUUUUCUAUUAUGCCCCGUAAGGGAAGCAUGUUUCCACUUUGGCCUUUAAUCAGUCAGUGAUUCUGAACUUUUCGUUUUUUUUCUCUGACUCGAACAGUUUUCAUCAGAUUGUCACCAGACUGAAGUUAAUUAGCAUUAAAUGAAUGCAACUUUAAGAACCUGUCACAUCUGACAAUAUUUGGAGUUAUGGCCCAUGAACUUUUGCUUUUUGUUAACUUUUGUACAUAAAUAUCGCUGGAGCUUAUCUAAAUAAAUUAAAGGUACCAACUUGAAACCAAUUUAGUACCAGUAGGUAGAUCAUAGUGGAUGUGCAGUGCUUAAGAAUGUUAACUAUUGUUUCCAUAUUUUUAGAGUUAUUGCUCUCUGUUAUUUGUUGUAUAUAAACAAUUUUGUCUGGAUCAUAUUCUAAAACUAAAUAAGGUAUCAAAUUAAAACUGCAUUAGUAGGUAAAUCUUAUAAUUGAGGAGGCAUGGAAGUGCACAAGAACCAUUACUCCUUUCACCUACUUGUUUUUGUUACUGCCGUUUGUUAAUUUGUGUACUUAUUUGUAUUAACUGGUAUAAUAAUUAAGAUGAUGGCUUUAAUGUAUGUGUCCAGUGUCAUUUAGCUAGGAAAUAUCUCUAUACAAUGGAAACUGUUCUUGUUUAGAAUGAAUAUCUUUGUUAUAAGUUAUAAAACCUAAACUACCAACCGAAUCAGUUCUGGAUAUGUAUUGCUUCUAAAGUAAUCAUUUUACAUGGAACUGUGGUUUUUGAAACAAACGAUAUAUGUCCGAAUAUUUGAAAGAGAUGCACUACCUGAGCGUCUUUUCUUUAAAAUGCAUCUUAACAAUAAGGUGGUUUAAAAAUGUACUUAACACUGCGGGUUUUUAUGCCCCCGGAUCAAAAGAUAGGAGGUAUAUUGUUUUUGGCCUGUCUGUCUGUCAUUCAUUCAUUAUAUGUGUGUGUCCCAAAACUUUCACAUUCGUUAAAGUUUUGCAAUAACGUUUGCAUUAUUGAAGAUAGCAACUUGAAAUUUGGCAUGCAUGUGUAUCUCAUGGAGCUGCACAUUUUGAGUGGUGCAAGGUCAAGGUCAUCCUUUAAGGUCAAAGGUCAAAUAUAUGGCUUCAAAGCGGCGCAAUAGGGGGCAUUGUGUUUCUGACAAACACAUCUCUUGUUUUUUUCAUGUGAAUAAAACCACUUGAGCAACGUACUGGGAAAACGUGGCUUAAUGCAUUUCAUGAAGUGUCGUAAAGGUAGCCUGUGCAGUCUACACAUGCUAAUCAGGACAAUACUUUCCACUUUCGUGGAUUUUUUUGUUUGAAUAAUGUUGAUUCUAAAUGAAAAUCUAGUCUACCUGGAAAUUGCCGUCCCUGAUUAUCCUGUGUGGACUGCACAGGCUUAUAUGGGGCGACACUUGCCGCGCAUGCAUUAAGCUGUUGUUAUCAGAGAGAAGCGAUUCCUUGAGUAAGCAGAAAUUGUAAUCUCCAGUAUUCAUAUUGAAACCGAUAAUUGUUUGUAAGUGUGCAUGAAUUUGUUCAUGACAUCUAUUUUAGAUAAACUAUUAAAAUUCA